AUGGACGCAACACCGCACAAAACAGCGAUCACAUCGCACAACCAGUAUCGCACCACCGGUCUCGAACGGUCCGACCUCUCCGCCUCCCCCAUCGUGCAGUUCAAUACGUGGUUCAAACACGCCAACGAGCACGGGGUGCCGGAGCCUGAGGCGAUGACGAUCUCCACGGUCUCUCUCGCCAACGGUAUCGCACGACCCAGUUCCCGCGUCGUGCUGCUGAAGCAGGUGGACGAGCGAGGGUUUUUGUUCUUCUCGAAUUACUCCUCAAGAAAGGGACGGGAGCUGGAGGGUCAUCCGUAUGCAUCGUUGGCGUUCUACUGGAAGGAGCUGUCUCGAUCGGUGCGGGUCUGCGGAAAAGUGGAGAAGUUGAGCAAAGAAGAGAGUAAGGCGUAUCAUGACUCCCGUCCAUUGGGCAGUCGAAUUGGCGCUUGGGCAAGUCCUCAGUCCACCACGAUCCCCGAUCGCCAGACGUUGGAGAAGAAGGUGCACGACGUGGAGGACAGGUUUGGCGUCCCCGGUGCAGCAGGGUUGGACGAAGGCAAGAAGUGGGAGGGCGACGAGAAGAUAGACGUGCCACUACCGGAGUUCUGGGGUGGAUACAGGAUCGUUCCAGACGAAGUGGAGUUCUGGUGCGGAAGGCCGAACAGGCUGCACGAUCGAUUCAGGUAUACGAGGAGUCUGGACAGUGGAAAGAGCGCAAGCGAGGAUACGUGGACCAUCGACAGACUUGCUCCCUGA